AACUGCGUCUUUGCAUCUCUCGCGCCUCCAAGGCUCCGUUUUAUUAUCAUCGAGUACCUAUACACCUAUACUUAUUGCUGGAUAAAAUAAUCGGGAUGUGCUGUUAUUGGUUUUUGAUUAUUUUUCAUCGAUACUCAGUGCGUUGACUUUUUUGCUAUUCUUGUUGUUGCUGUCUGUCAGCGAGCCAAACGUGGAGCACUGGAGUUGGAAAAUUGAUUGCCGCUUCCUUUCAUGAGGAAUGCAAAUUAGCCUCUGCCCAGUCCCAUCUGACACAGCAUCAUGGUUAGUCUACUAGAAGAGGACAAGGGGGUCUUUCCCAUCACCAACAUAUCCUCUGUCGUGCAGAUUUUUCAAAACCAGUUGGAGACCUGUGCUGAGCCAGAUCUAGCUCUGCUCUCCAUUCUCGUUGGGGCUGUAGAGAACACCCUGACAUGCAACCGAAACUUUGUCACCGAGGAAGCAGCUGCCUAUGACGAGCCAAAACUCCCACCUGUGGAGCUCGGUAUGAUCGAAACGAUGUACUCAAAGUUCAGUUCGGUUAUAAAGAAUUCUGUGGACCUCAAAGUUUACAAUACUAAAUACGCGACAAGAGAAUUGGUGAAAAGAGUGUCUGAUGUCAUUUGGAACUCUCUGUCGAGAAGUUAUUACAAGGAUAGAGCACAUCUGCAGAGUCUGUAUUGUUAUUUGACAUGCAACAAGCUGGACUGUUUUGGUGUAGCUUUUGCUGUUGUUGCUGGAUGUCAGAUUCUGGGCUUCAAUGAUGUGCAUCUGGCAUUGUCGGAGGAUCAUGCUUGGGUUGUUUUUGGUGAAAACGGUGAUGAAACUGUAGAAGUGACCUGGCAUGGAAAGGGAAAUGAAGACAAACGGGGACAGCCCGUUGAUUCUGGUGUGGCAUCAAAAUCGUGGGUUUACGUGAAUGGACAUGCAGUUGUGUGUGACAGGGCUAUGGAAGUGGCAACAAUAGUCUCUGCUAUAAACCCUAGUUUCAGUGCUACAUCGGAUGCUGUGGAAGUUGCUUUAUUACAGCAAGAAUUGUUGUGGCUUCUAUACGAUUUGGGUCAUUUAACAAAAUAUCCUAUGGGUCUUGGAAAUCUUGGAGAACUGGAAGAAGCUGCACCUACUCCAGGAAGGUGUCCAGCAAUUCAUCUUUUCCAGGAAGCCGUUCAGUCAGCAAGAAAGUAUUAUGACAAUUCACAUGUUUAUCCUUACACAUAUUUGGGAGGAUAUCUCUACAGACAUGGUUUACAUGUGAAUGCUCUUGCUUCAUGGGCUGAUGCAGCUGAUGCUCUCAGAAAAUACAACUUUUCUCGAGACGACGGCGAGAUUUAUAAAGAACUUCUUGAAAUUGCCAACGAGUUAAUACCACACACAGUGAGAGCAGAUGAACAUCUACUAAGACAGCCACGUUGUUUUGGUUACCUCUUGCGAUUUUAUGAUGGAAUCUGUCAAUGGGAGGAAGGAGCAAACACGCCAGUUUUGCACAUUGGUUGGGCAAGGCCUCUUGUCAACACUAUUUCGAAAUUUGAUGCAAGUAUUCGAGCUCAAGUAGUAAUAGACUGUUACGAGGAGGACAAGUUGUCUGAAGGAACCUCUGAUGAAUCAUUAAACAACAAUAAUAACAACAACAAUAAUGAAUGCAAAACCAAGGAGAGGUAUAGCACGACAAGCGACCUCAUCAAAAGUCUCGAAUCCAAAGUACCUGGCAACACAGAGCCUAUGCAUCCAAGCAUCCAAGCACUAGCUGCGGCCUGUGGUGAAAAAAUCCUAAACAGAGAUUACCUACUGCAAGGUGAUGGCGAGCCAUUUGUUGCCCCGGUAGACACAAUGUUUGACCUACCACUGAUGACUUCUACUUCAUCUGUUUGUGGCAUCUCAACACCUUCAACCUCACAUGACAGUAUAGACGAUGGUCUCAGCGAAAUGGACCUCGAGCUGGACAUAGACGAGAACGAGAGUCCAAGAAUCAUACUAUACAGCCAGAAGAUGAAGGGCUUAAAGGACUUGCUCUUGGCAGAAAAGCUGAACACGCAUGCGGUGUCGCUACAGCUGACGGCGCAGAGUCAAGUACAGGUAGGAAAGAAGCACAAAAGUGGUAACGAAGAUUUCGUCACUAGUGCUGGGCACAGGCCCAAGAGAACGAGAAGAGAAUAGCUGAUGCCAAAGCCAAAGAGCCUAUCAGGCUCUGCGGCUACAUU